GGGAAAUUGAUAAGCAUGACUGGCUGGCUGGUUCCGUGGGUAAUGAGGACCUCACCACCCAUGUGAGAGCUGUGAACAGCCGCACACAUCUGUAACUCCAGCACUCCAGCACAGGGGGUGUAGAGACAGAUCCCAGGGGCUUGCUGGACAGUCAGCCUACCCAAAAUGGUGAGCCCUAGGUUCAGUCAGAGACCCUUUCUAAGAAGUACACUAGGUUACAAAAUAUGGCCACCCUAAAAAACCCAGGCUGUUUAUCCCACCGCUCUCCAGUCAGCUGACUUCCCCCUCAGAGCGAGGCCUCCACAGCCACAGGGCUGCCUUCCUCACAGGGCCGAGUAGCCCUGGUUUGCACACCUACUCCUAUCAGCUGUGUGUCCCUAAGCCCACCUCUGUGUCUGGAGUAAGGCAGAGGCCUCAUGUGGGCCUGGUGACAGCUCUGUUUACCUAGCCACAGCCUAACCUGGGCCCAUCCCAGUUCACUGUGAGUCAGCUGAACAAGGGGCGGGCACCACCUUCCCGGAGCAGGGAUCCAACUGGAACACAGGCCACCAGCACAUCCCGAGAGACUCUGCAGUGGCCGGAGACGGAUACAGAGCAUCUGGCCAGCAGGGUUUUUCGAGGAGCAGGUAUGUCUGUCCUGUACCCAUCUCUGGAGGACCUGAAGGUGGGCCAAGUCAUCCAGGCCCAAGCCAGAGCCACACCCAGGAUGCCCACGCCAUCAACCUCCAUGGCUUCUGCACCCCCACUUUCAGAGUUGUACCCAAAUUUGGCAGAACUGGAGAGUUACAUGGGGCUGUCCCUCUCUAGCCAAGAAGUCCAGAAGAGCCUGCCUCAGAUUCCAGAUGGUGACAAUAUGAUGGUCACUAGCCCUGGGCCUGGUCAGGUGGUAGCACCAGUCUCUGGGAACAACCUGGGUGUGUUGCGUGCAGAGAUCAAGCCCGGAGUGCGUGAGAUCCAUCUGUGCAAGGACGAGCGUGGCAAGACUGGACUACGUCUGCAGACUGUUGACAAGGGGCUCUUUGUGCAGCUGGUUCAGGCCAACACCCCCGCAUCCCUCGUGGGGUUGCGCUUUGGGGACCAGAUCCUGCAGAUUGAUGGGUGUGACUGUGCGGGGUGGAGCACACACAAAGCUCACAAAGCCUUGAAGAAGGCAUCGGCCGAGAAGAUCAUCAUGAUUGUGCGGGACAGGCCAUUCCAGCGGACGGUCACGAUGCACAAGGACAGCUCAGGCCAAGUUGGCUUUUUCAUCAAGAAGGGGAAGAUUGUAUCUGUGGUAAAGGGAAGCUCCGCAGCCCGGAAUGGACUUCUCACCAACCACUAUGUGUGUGAGGUGAACGGACAGAACGUGAUUGGGCUGAAGGACAAAAAGAUUACAGAGAUCCUGACCACAGCUGGAAACAUCAUCACACUGACCCUCAUUCCUACUGUGAUCUAUGAGCAUAUGGUCAAAAAGUUGUCUCCGUUGCUGCUGCAGCACACCAUGGACCACUCCAUUCCAGACAUCUGAAGUCACAGGGCAGCCCAGGCCUCCCACCAUUCUGCAGCGAAGAUGGCAACAGUUGCAGAUGGCUUGCUGCUCGGGUCUGGGCGUUUCAGGGGCAUGUCCCAGGGGGAUAUAUAGUGGAUGAGUCUGUCAUUGCUGUUUCCUGACUCCUUGGAUCCUGAUUCCUAGGCACUUGGUUCUCUGUGCUCCAGAUGCUGGGCACUUAGGCAGAACAGCAGAAUGUCACUGAGUGCUGCUGGGUCCCUUUGCAGAAUUUUGCCUCUUCUAGAAGUCAGUCACUUGACAGAGGAAUUCCUUGUGUGUUGCCUUCAUUGAUCUUUAUCACAGAUGUGUAUAGAUCACUUGUGUAAAGUAACCCUUGACUGUCUAUAGGUUAGUUGUGACCCUUGACUGUCUGUCUGUAGGUUAGUUGUGACCCUUGACUGUCUGUCUGUAGGUAGUUGUGACCCUUGACUAUCUGUCUGUAAGUUAGUUGUGACCCUUGACUGUCUGUUGUAGGUUAGUUGUGACCCUUGGCUGUCUGUCUGUAGGUUAGUUGUGAACCUUGACUGUCUUUGCAUAAAGACUGGAUUUAUAAACACAGCAACUUCCAUUAAAGUUCCUGGAAAUUCCAGAAUCCCAGGUCCCAUGACAUGGGACAUGACAAGGCUGCUUUUCCUUUGGACAGUGACCAGGCCAUGGCAUUAUCUGUGUCUCUGAGAGCAGCAGUCUGUGUGUUGUGGCAUGCUUGCCAGUCUGUCAUAGGAUGUUGGCGCUGAGGGUCAGGUGGCUGUGGAAUGGCAGGGACAGGCUGAUUUUGGGACCCUGCUUGAAUGGGCAUGGUUGUUUUUGUAGCCACAGAAUGGGCCAAAGAAGCCAUUUCAGGACGGCUGGGCAGGAUGUGACCUGGGACCAGGGUGGGAAUUCUAGAUCCUGUACCUAACCCCCUAGAUGGGCAGAGAGGCCUGAGUCCUACACAUCAGGGCCUGAGCCAGCCACUAGCUGGUUCCAUCUGUGUUGGGUGCCAUGGUGAGCUUCUCACCCACCCUAGCCCACUUAGAGAAAUGACACAGUACAAAGACACCAGGCUGAGGGGCUGUGUGUGUCUUCAUGCUUUAAUUCAGAGCUGUCUGCUACAGGCACAACUCUGUCUGAACAAAAAGACAAAGGAGACCGAGAGUCAGGACCCCACCCCACAGCCCCCCUCCUGUGUCCCCUGUGAGAGUGCAUGGUGGCCUGUUUGUGUUGUCAUCUAGUUCAGAGGGGACUGAGUUCCCUGGUGGGGGCCCCUCAAUCGCUUUUGGCCCUAGAGCCUGGGAUCUGCUGUCUGCUGUCUGCGCAGGUGAGAAGGGGUCUCAGUGAAAAGCUAUGGAUGCUACCUGCUUGAAGGCAUAGGUCACGAACUCUGCUCAAGGCUGCCUCGGUUCAGAAGUCCUCACUGAGCCCUUACAGAGGGCUCCAGAACUAAGGAGCCAGGAUUUCAAGCCACUCUGCUCCGAGGGCUCAGUAGUUAGAGAAGGUAGUUCCUGGGGACACUUCCUCAAGACCUUGUCAGCUCUGACUGGAGGCAGGGGACAGGAGCACCCUAAACAUUUCUGCUCCAGGAGCCAAGGGCAAGAGGGCAAAUCGCAGCCUAUGGGGGUGGCCAACUGGAAGGAAAGGGGGGAGCUUUGGGAACGAGCAUCUACGAGGGAGCCUGGCCCAGUCCCAACUUGCUCUCAGCCCCAACUUGCUCUCAGCCCCCUUCUCCACGUCUGGAACCAGCAGGCUGCUGAAGUGUCUACUUCCAAGCCCACCUCCUGGCAUCGCAGCCCCUUUUUGCAGAUACGUGACUCUGAGCUUAUAUACACUUGGGAGCAGGGCCUGUACACCAGCCUGCAGGGAUCCAGGCUCACCCAAGGACUGGGUAAUCUGCUCACUCCACUGGCAAGGAGCAGAGCCCUUCUGAUAGGCAGAACUCCCAGAAGAGGACCCCUGCGAGGCGGGGCUAGGGUCGGAGCAGGAGCAGCGAGGACGGUCAGUUUCACUUACUGCCUCUACAGACCCGGGCACUUUGCAAUGGCUUCUCCAGCAGCAGGAACAGAGUGGACCGCAGUUCUAACCCUGCCCAAGUUCACCAAAAACACGAGACACGACAAGAAGGCCCAGACAGCAAGACAUGGAACAGAGAGGGGCUGUGAAGUUGGACUAA